UUAAUAGUGAGAGCGUGCUUUGGGCCAGUCGAUGAGAUCGUCAGUGACGCGAACGCGCAAAAUGAGUAACAGCUACAAUGAUAUACCCAUUGGCAUACGGGUCCUUCAGAGCCUAUCGCGGCACUGUCCGCGAUUUCAUGCCCGCAGGGAACUCUGUUACAAGAUGUCCAUCAUUCUGUUGACAUUCGCUGCCUAUGCCUGUUACCACAUGUCCCGUAAACCGAUAUCUGUGGUCAAAUCCGUGCUCCAUUACAACUGCUCCGAUUCACAGCCUCAUGCGGGCAUCGAUUGCGGCUACGCGCCGUUCGAUGGUCCCGAUUCGAAGAGCUUGUUUGGCAUGCUAGACUCCGCCUUUCUCUUCUCCUAUGCGAUUGCCAUGUUCGUCUCCGGCUUUGUGGCGGAGCGUGUUUCAUUGCGCUAUUUCCUAUCCAUGGGCAUGAUCAUGACGGGCGUGUUCACCUACCUCUUUGGCGUCGCACGCACCUCCAAUAUACACAGCCUCAGCUACUUCAUAUUUGUGCAAAUCUUCGCGGGCAUCUUUCAGACGACAGGCUGGCCGGGUGUUGUUACCCUGGUGGGUCGCUGGUUUGGCAAAGAGAAACGAGGCCUGAUCUUUGGCAUCUGGAAUAGUCACACAUCGAUUGGCAACAUAUUGGGCACACUGAUUGCCGCGCACUAUGUGGAAACGGAUUGGGCGCUCUCCUUUGUGGUGCCUGGCAUCAUAAUUGGAGCUGUUGGAUUUGUAUUGUUUCUGUUUCUGGUCGAUCAGCCAGAGAUUGUGGGCUGUCAUCCACAGCACAGCACACAGGAGCGUCGCAUCAUCUCGAACGAAUCGGAUGCGGACAGCGACAAUGAUGAGGAGCAAGCGCGUCGCAGCCAAGCUCUUUAUGCACAGUCCUUUUAUGCCGUACCACAAACCGAUCAGGUCAGCUUUCGUUCACCGCCCACUGAACGCACGCCCAUUUUUGCUCGUCCGAGCUCAAGAGAUCGUCCCAUCAGCCUCAUGGGUGCACUCCAUAUACCAGGCGUUGUUGAGUUCUCGCUCUGCCUGUUCUUCACCAAGCUGGUUAGCUAUACCUUCAUGUACUGGCUGCCGCUCUAUAUACAGUCUUCCAGUACCUUGGGUCCGGAGCUAUCGGCUGAUCUCUCUACGCUCUUCGAUGUGGGCGGCAUUUUGGGCGCCAUAGCCGCGGGCUAUCUAUCCGAUCUCACGGGCAUGUCCGCCACCGUGUGCACAGUGAUGUUGUUCUUUGCCUCGCCUAUACUGCUGUUAUAUCAACAAUAUGGCGCAUUGUCGGUCACGAUUAGCGUGCUGCUGCUGAUCAUAGUCGGCAUCUUUGUGAAUGGGCCGUAUGCGUUGAUCACCACAUCGGUUAGCGCUGAGCUGGGUCAGCAUAGCUCGUUGGAGGGCAAUGCCAAUGCUUUGGCCACAGUCACGGCCAUAAUAGACGGCACGGGCUCCAUUGGCGCGGCAGUUGGGCCACUGUUAGCGGGCCUCAUAUCCAGCCAUGGCUGGGAGAAUGUCUUCUAUAUGCUAAUCGUGGCAGAUAUUAUAGCCAUGAUAUUGCUAAUGCGUUUGGUCAUCAAGGAAUGCCUCACACUGCGACGUUCGACGACCCGCAUCAGGAUCGAAUAGCAGCGGGCCAAUUGAUUUUAUUUAAUCGGAAUUUAAUAUAUCAUAUGUAUAUAAUGCACACACACACACACACACACACACACACGCGCGCUCGACAAUGUGUGUGCAGAUUUGCAUUAGCUAUUUCAAUAUCAUACUUCUAUUUAUAUGCCUACCCAUAUAUAGAUAUAUAUUCGCUUAAGUACUGUGUGCUUGUGUGUGUAUUCAGCUGAAAGCAUAUCACUUGUUUUUCUCAACCUAAUUAGUUUUCUAUUGCCAAUUGUUUUUUAUAUAUACAUACUUAUGGUAGCUAUUACUAUUUGCAGCCCAAUUCUUUACUAUAUUAUUGCAGUAUGUAGCACAUUGAAAACAUUGGCUAACGAGCUAUACGAGUUAACAGUUUUAUAUAUAAAUAUAUAUUUUAUACAGAGUCUCCUCCAAUAAACUAUAGUCUAAUUGUAAGGCAUGUUUACACUGCUAUGUAAAUAAAGUUUUCGUACACUUUUCGUACCGAUUAGCUAGGACAUUACUGUUAACGCGAUUUGUCCCAAUAAAAACGAAGAAAGCAUUUUUAA